AAACGUUGCGAUGAACGCACCCGAUCCCUUUGAGAGCUUUCGCUUGGAGGAUGGCGAAGCCAAAAUUACAUACGAGCCCGAUUCAAAGGUGCCCAACGCGGGCACUUUCCGCAUGAACCGCGAGGAUCACACCGUCGGCAACCUUUUGGCCAGUCAAUUGGCCAAGGAUCCCCGCGUUCUUUUUGCAGGCUACAAGGUGCCCCAUCCUUUGGAGCACUACAUUUUGCUGCGAGUGCAUACCACGGCACAGUACAGCCCCAAGGAGGCUCUGAAGCAGGCCUUGCACGAUGUCAUCUACGAUGUGGCCCACUUGCAAAGCUCACUUCGGGAGCAAUUGCCUUCAGAAGAGUUUGACAACCGCAUGGGAUAA